CCGGAUGCGCACCCCCAGCGCCAUGUUUCUCUCCAAAGGCGCCCUUUCUCUGAGGCGGCCGCAGACCGUUCACAGAUUCAAGGAUCUUGCUCAAUCUCAAUUGCCCUCCCUAUCCGCCCUCUCCCGCUACUAUGCCUCCAAGUCCUUCCCCCCUCACACCAUCAUCAGCAUGCCCGCUCUGUCGCCGACUAUGAACGCCGGUAACAUCGGUGCCUGGCAGAAGAAGGCUGGUGAUGCUCUCCAGCCUGGUGAUGUUUUGGUGGAGAUUGAGACCGACAAGGCCCAGAUGGACUUUGAGUUCCAAGAAGAGGGUGUCUUGGCCAAGGUUCUGUCGGAGACUGGUGAGAAGGACGUUGCUGUUGGCUCUCCUAUCGCCGUGCUGGUCGAGGAGGGUACCGACGUCUCGGCUUUCGAGAGCUUCACCCUGGAGGAUGCCGGUAGCGAGAAGCCCGCUGCUGGUGCUGCGGAGAGCAAGUCCGAGUCCAAGGAAGAGGCUGCCCCCGCUUCUUCCACCCCUGAGCCUCAGCCCGCUGCCAUCGAGCCUGAGACCUCGGGUGAGAAGCUCCAGCCCGCUCUGGACCGUGAGGCUAACAUUAGCCCCGCUGCUAAGGCCCUUGCUCUUGAGAAGGGUGUGCCCAUCAAGGCUCUCAAGGGCACUGGACGUGGUGGCCAGAUCACCAAGGAGGACGUUGAGAAGUACCAGCCUUCCGUUGCCGCCACCGCCGCUGCCACCUACGAGGACAUCCCCCUUACCUCCAUGCGCAAGACCAUUGCUUCUCGCCUUCAGCAGUCGAUGCGCGAGAACCCCCACUACUUUGUCUCCACUACUCUGUCCGUGACCAAGCUUCUCAAGCUCCGCCAGGCUCUCAACGCCUCCGCCGACGGCAAGUACAAGCUUUCCGUCAACGACUUCCUCGUCAAGGCUUGCGCUGCUGCCCUCCUGAAGGUGCCCGCUGUCAACUCCAGCUGGCGUGAGGAGAACGGCCAGGUUGUCAUCCGCCAGCACAACACCGCCGACAUCAGCGUUGCCGUCGCCACCCCCAACGGCCUUAUCACCCCUGUUGUCAAGAACGUCCAGGGUCUUGGCCUGUCCAGCAUCUCUAACCAGAUCAAGGAUCUCGGCAAGCGUGCUCGUGACAACAAGCUCAAGCCCGAGGAGUACCAGGGUGGUACUUUCACCAUCAGCAACAUGGGCAUGAACGCUGCCGUCGAGAGAUUCACCGCCGUCAUCAACCCCCCUCAGGCCGGUAUUCUGGCUGUUGGCACCACCCGCAAGGUUGCCGUCCCCGUUGAGACCGCCGAGGGUACCGCUGUUGAGUGGGAUGACCAGAUCGUCGUCACCGGUAGCUUCGACCACAAGGUUGUCGAUGGUGCCGUUGGUGCUGAGUGGAUCAAGGAGUUGAAGAAGGUUGUUGAGAACCCCCUUGAGCUUCUGUUGUAAGCUCUUUCCCGCGAGCGGGAAGUCCGACCGGCCCAGUAUUUUAGUUAGCUACGAUCGGAGUUACCUUUCCCUUUGAUGUUGUUGUAAUAUGUAUUAAAACCAUCUGAAUCUUUCCACAUCCCCUAGACCAAGAUGGCCCCCUCCCAGCACAGUUUCAUAACCCUUACAAUGCAUUUCCUAUGUUUAGUUCUUAGUGUGGUUCAAAACAGUAGACUUGGUGGUGUUAGGCAUGCAGAUGUGUAUGAAAUUGAAAGAAAGGCCGAC